AAGAUCAUGUUAUGAAUAAUUGUCUAUGGUAAAAAAGACAAUAAAACUGUGUCAAUCCCUUUUUGUUAUUGUCAAAUUCUUAAUCUAUAUAUAUUAAUAAUGUCACAAAGUGCUUUGAAUAUAGGGAUAUUACCAUGACGAAUGUUCUUUAUUAAUUCAAAUUAUUUAUUCGUGAAACGUCAAACGUGAUUAUUAAAUAUACUCCCGACCUUUGGCCUAGAUAAGUUUUUAGAUUAUACUUUUAAUUUAAAUAAGUAAUAAUGGAUAAAGUGCAUGGUCAUAAGUGAUAUAAGCGUUAUGACAAAAUAACCACAAAAUCAUAAAGUUUUCCUGGAACGGACGGAAAAAACAAGGAUAAACAUCCGAUCGCGUUUGUUUGUAGAAUAUUUUGUUACACCAUAAUAAUUGAAUUGCUGGUAUUUAUAGUUUGAAUCGAUGUUUAUCUUUAGAUAAACGUUUUCUUCUUCAACCAGUCAGAAAUAAGAGUUACCUAGAACCAAACUAACUUUUAACUAGAAAAAUAUCAAAAACUUUAAAAGAAAAGCAGAAUAAUCGUAGUGAAGUGAAUAUGGAAAAAAAAUUAUCACUCAAGGAACUUAUGACCUCCUAUCGAAGAUGGGUUAUUAAUAAUCCAUCUUUUGUGACAGACGUAGAAACAGUGGCGACGUGGUCCUCCUAUUUUAUUGCUGGUAAGAUUAAUAAAUCACCUAUCGUUUCGGAACUUGUAUACGCAUUAUCUAAACUACUUUCCUUAUUCAAUGACAAAAUUAUUAACGAUGCCUAUGGCAACAAUUCUUCUCAAUUCAGUUUGCAAGAACAGAUAAAAUUAUGGCUCACAAUUGUCCAUUAUUGUGAAGUUUUUGUUGAACUUGCUGUAAAAUAUAAGUGUGGUACUCGUGGGAAGUGGACAGCAGCAAUAAUAAUACAAAUGUUUAAAUGUUCAUCUGCAUUGGUAUUGCUCUUUAGAUUUAAAGAUAUACCUAUACAGCAUCCACCAAUUCCAGCAUUACAACGAAAGAAAUUUACUGAAACAGUUGAAUCUGAAGAAAAUAGAGAUGCUUUUUUUACCUUAAAAAGGUCAGGUAGAGUUGUCCGUAGGGUGGAAGGUGCUCCACCUAUAAGUCUUCGUGAUUGGCAACCUAUAAAAGUAGAAGAUAACAGCAUACCAUCUGCUAUUGAAAUAAGAGAUUUGAAACAUGCAGAGUUAAUACAUAUAUUUAAACCAAUAGUACAUCUUGCUGCAAUGAAACUAUUUGGUGCUAAAUCCUGGAAGCAGUGGCUGAUUGCUUUAGGAUUAGAUGUUGCUAGUUUUCAACUAUACAAUAAGCACAUGAAUGAAAUAAGCUAUGAGCAAAGGUUAGAAAUAAGUAGAAGAAAGUUAAGUCUGGUAUUGUAUCUAUUGAGAAGUCCUAUGUAUAAUAGUUACUCCAAAAGGGUUAUUGAAAAUUUCCUUGAAUCAACUUCCAGCAAAAUACCAGCAAUGUCUUUUAUUUGUCAACCUAUAAUACAGUAUUUAAAUCAUUGGCAAGAUAUAUACUUUUAUAUGUGGGCUAUGUGAUGAAUUUAUUAUUUCAUCAAAUAUUAUUAUUUUUAGAGAGUAUGGAUGGGUUUAGGUUUUUGAUUAUUAUUAGCCCUUAAAAAUGGUAGUGUAUAUCUAAUUUUUGCUCAUAAUUUUCUUAUAUUCACAAAAUUUGUUUUUUUUUAAAUUAUACAUUUCAUAAAAGUGCUCCAUUAAUUAUCAACAAAUUAUAAUUUGUAUAAAAAGUUUUAUAUUUACAUUAACAUGUAAAGAGUUGAAAUAAUGUCUUGGAUAUUAAAGGGAUUUGCAGAUGUGAAAAUAAAAAAAUAUUACAUUUUCUUUAUUAUGCGUUUCACCAUUGUUAUAAUUAUUUACUAAACAUAAUUGUAUUAAUUAGCUACAAAU